GUUCUAUAAUCUGUACUAUUUUUGGAUUCUCAAGAACCCGGUGCACGUUAUUCAAGUCUUAGUGACAUGUCCGCUCGAGCCAGAAAACAAAAAGCUGCGGAGUCUGAGAAAAACGAAAGUAGUCCGACAUCGUUCUCUCGAUCCGUUACGAUUGAACGCAGCCAUACAUCAUCAAGUGGAAGUCCUCGCAAAAGUUAUUCUCGCAGUGAAAGAUCUAGUAGCCCUUUGACUAUUAGUCGAUCUGAAGAAAAAGAUGAACUUGCCCAUCUGAAUGAUCGCCUUGCGGGAUACAUCGACUACGUUCGAAAACUGGAGCUUGACAAACAAAAGCUUACUAGACGUAUACAGACCGUUACAGAAGAACGAAUGAGUAAAGUUGAGGAAGCCAGGAAAACAUAUGAAGAUGAAAUUACAGCCUUAAGAAAUUUGGUUGAUGAUCUGGCUAAACAAAAGUCAAAAGCCGAGCUAGAUUCCAAGCAAAUGAGAGAUGAGUUGAAUGACGUAAAGAUGAAGGCGAACAAACGAGAUCAAGAGAAUCGUAAUUUACAGAGAAAGAUAGAAAAUCUUGAAAGGGAACUGAGUAAAUAUAAACAAGAUCAUGAUGCUUACCAGCCUCUCCUUAGUGACUACCAUGUUUUAGAAAAACGGUUCGAAGAAAUGAAACGAGACCUUGAGGCCGAGACACUACUUCGGACUGAUUUGGAAAACAAAAUCCUCGGUCUUAAAGAACAGUUAGAUUUCCGUUCUCGGUUAUUCGAUGAAUUAGUUGAACGCAGUUUAUACAUUGAAGAAGAGGUCGAAGGACGCAAACAAGCUGAAUACGAAAGUCGAUUAACAGAGGAGCUAAGAUCCAUUCGAGAUCAAACCGCUUCUGAAUUAGAAGAGUAUAAAAUACAAAUGGAAGAAACGUUUGAGAGCAAACUGGGACAGUUGAAGUCAUCAGCUAAUUUUAGUGCAGAAGAUGCUAGUCGCCAGCGAUCUGAGCUGUUGAUAGCUCGCAAACGUGCUGAUGAACUUUCCCACGAUUUAUCCAAGAAAAUCGCUGAGCUGGAAUUGCUUCAACGACGAGUAGCAGAUCUUGAGCGGCAGUUAACUGAUGAACGGAAAGAUUUCGAAUCGCAACUUCUUUUCCAACGCCAGGAAGUAAACAGAUUAAAAGAAGAAUUGGAAGAAAGUUUCCGUGAAUUUACCGACCUCAUGAAUACAAAAAUUGCGUUAGAUCAAGAAAUAUUGAUGUAUCGAAAAAUGUUAGAGGGUGAAGAAUCAAGACUCAACCUGACACCGGCUCCCCGUGACUCACCGUUCAACAUACCGGUCAAACGCAGGCGUGUAGAUGGAGAUUUUGAGGGUGAUGAGUCGAAUGCCAGUCUAACUGGAGCCAGUUACAGUUCAUCCCGAACAAGAUUUGCCUACCGAGUGUCAUCGACUGCACGUGGACCUGUAGAAUUUUUCAAGGAACAAGAUACCCAUGGCAAGUGGAUCAAAAUACAUAACUCUUCAAAUGAUGAAAUGAGUUUAGGUGGCUGGGAACUUGUUCAUGAAGCUGAUGGUCACGAGACUCGUUUCAAAUUUUCACGAGCUUUCUCCUUAAAACCUGGAGCAUUAUGCACAAUUUGGAGUCAAGAUGCUGAAGGCAAUUCACACAAUCCUCCUGCUGAUUUAACUAUGAAGAAUAAAAGUUUUCAUUCUGGCACUGAUGUCACAAUUCUAUUACUUGAUGCAGAUGGUGAAGAACAAGCCAAAUGCACAGUUAAACGAGAAAAAAUUCGUCCUGGAGUUAAUUUUGAUCGUAAAUCCGGUGUUCGUGCUCAUGAUGAGAAAUGUCAUCUCAUGUGAAAUGUGCUCUAUUGAAGAUAGAUGACCUACAUUAUUCUUUGUUUUCCCUAAUUGUAUUAACUUUCUAAUUAAUAUUAAUGCAUUUUACUAAUUCUUUGUUCUUUUGUGCUAACAAAACAAGUUAUAUAGUUUUUUUUCUUCUAUAUGCUGUCUGCUUGACUAUUCACUUUAUUUCACUAACGCUUUGUUUAAUAAUGCCAACUGGUCAUACGCUGUUGUUGUACCACGAUAUCUUCGGGAGUAUGUUAUUGCUUUUUGUUUUUAUAUCUAUAUUAACAACAGCAAACAUGUUGCCUUGUCAUAUAUCGCUGCUCCAUUCUACAGUCUUCUUAUCUGCAUGCUAUAUAUAUAUACACGUACACAUGUUAUUUUCACUGUACUGUUCGCUCAUACUGUUGUAUUCAUUGUAUUUUCAUACCUGAUUCAUGCUUAUCAUCAUAUGCACUUAUAUUAUAAACUAAUACAUUCAUUUGUUGUGUAAUCAUUGUUUCUCGUCGCAUUUUUUUAUACACACUAACUGUAUUUAUGUAUAGUGGACAAAUCUGUUUUGUUCAUUAUUAGGUUCAGUUCUCCCUAGUUAUCGGUGUAUCGUGCUAUUGAAAUCGUUUCAAAUUUAUUUGAGCUCUAAAUUUAGCGCUUUGCACCUCAUCUCUGUCUCGAUUGUUAUGAAUUUUUCCCACGUAUUUGAUAAUGGUACGCAGUUUGAAAACUGUUGAAGUGGAUAGAUGAGAUGACUUAUAAUGGUACAGUUUAUUCGAUUUGGACUUGCUCACGUGACCGUUAACUAAAAGUAUGUAUUGUAAGUUAAUCGUCGUAGAUGAAUUCAACCGAAUCACUUCUCAAUAUUGAGUUCAAAAGCGGUUAACACUCUGAUAUGUCAAGCCUAAUCGAUGACAAGAAAUGACCUGAAGAAUAAGUGUAUCCCAUUGGCUAAAAAAUGGAUUAACUCCCCAAAGGAUAGUGUUGCAUAUUUAUAGAUGAGGGUUUGUGCAUUUUAUUCGGUAACCUUAGUGUUAAACUGACACAUGGGGCACAAUUCUGCCAGCUAUAAAUUCAGGGAGUUUCCCACGUCGGCCCGUAUUAUGUGCUUUUCGACUUGUUGUAAGCAAUAAUUCUGCUCCAUGUCAACUGAAUUGCUCUCUCCCCAAUCUAUUUUACCGGGACCCAAGAUGGUCAGCCUUAAAUUUCUGGUGGUUGCUAAACAAAUUAUUGGUAUUCAACCUAAAUGUAAGCUUCUGCAGCGCAAGAACUUUAUGACCUAAGGUUUGUUUUCACUAAUUUUGAAGCACAACUGGUCAGUAAGUAAUAAACUGCGAAAUGUCUACAAGCCUUCAGUGUCAUGAAAUAAGAUGACUACUCCUAACAGGUUUUUCGUCCUAUAUAUGAGGCAGGAGUAUACUCAGAUGCAACGAAAAUUAUAAACAAGUUUCGUUCUCGAUGUAUGUCUACAAUCUACGUGACUUCUAACAUUCCAGCUUCAUAGGCAAAAUAUGUGUUCAUUUUUGUGUCAAGUAGGGCUUAUAUAAGAUACUCUAUCAAUUAUUUGAGAACUGAUUGUGGAACGGUAAAUGAACAAACAAACAAAUCUCUUCUGCGGUCUUCCAUGUUCAGUUUUUGUGGGGUUAUUUAAUUUGACUUGUCUGCUGAAGUUGGAAAUAAUGAGACGGCACUUCACUAGCAAGUUACUUGAACUGACCCAAUCAUUGAAUAUCACCUUUAAUACUGAGCCCUGGGACUUGUCUAGGAAAGAACGUUUAGGUCCACUCCUGUUAUUUACUCUGAACUACUGCACUAACCUGCUCAUUCAUCCGGUAAAGUAUACUUCCGUUCCUUCAGAUAGCCUACUGAUUCUAUUUAAAUUAAAUAUCAACAAAUGCAGCCGGCACACCGAUAUUAAAUUAAUCUUCACUUGAACCAGAGAUCAUACUUUCCGUAAUAUUGGUUGUUUUUCUAUUUGUGAGCACGGGGACGACCCAUAAGUUAAACUAUUAACGGAUGGUCACGGCUACGCAUCGUGACGUGGCUUGUUAAGGAAUCUCUAUACUAACUCAUUCUUCAAUUUUAGUCCCACUUUAUUCAGCGUCUAAAUAAUCUCUACGUGGAGUUUCACUUUGAGUACGUUAAGAACUGAAACAACAGUUUUAAAACAUUCUGUGUUUUCCAUAAUCAGUUGCUGCCGUCUUUUUGAUUUAUCUUUGAGCUUACCAAUACUUGGAAUAUUCGCGUUAUUCUCAUGGUGACUUUAAGCGCGUGAUAAUGCCACUCGACUUUGUGUCAGAAAGACGUUACGUUGAUUCUAGUAGGAGACAAUUUUACUGGUGUUAUUUUCCAACCACACGAUCUUCCAGAGUGAACUGAUGAAAUUCACAUCCAGCAUUAAACGAGAGGUCAGAGAUUGUAGCCACAGGGAGAAUUGAUUGGAAUGAUUGAUUCAGCCCUGUAGCCGUGGUCAGUCUAUGUAGCUCAUACCUUCCCGCAUGAAAUAUAUUAUCUUAUUCUCAAAUGGAAUGUGGCGUUCAGAAGAACUAAUCAUUUUAUUGCUAGUUGUCACAGUAGGGCGAGUCAGUAUAUAUGAUGUGCCUUAUAGAUUAGGUAGUCAAAUCUACAAUUUUGGUCUUAGGUCUAUUAUGGUAACGAGGAUAAAUGUAUUAAUAGUGAAUUGGACAAUGAUUCUACACAUUCACUAAUAUAGGAUAGUCGUCCUUCAGAAUUAUGCAUGGUAGAUAAACUGCAUGUAUUUUUAAGAAAUCUUGAUGGAGCUGUCGCUUGUUUUGAUCUACUAGCACAUGCGAAAAUGUUUUAUCUAUUACUAUAUCAACCCUACAUGUGUCGGUAGACCUGGUUUCACAUUCUUUUCAAGAUGCAUUUUGACCUUGUUCGCUUAAUAACCCUAACUGUUUUUGUAUUAGCGUAUGUAUGUUAAUUGCUUCCAUUAUUUAUUAUGUGUUCGACAAUAAAUAAUAAUGUAUUUCUACCAAGGCAGGUACAAGCCUUUUUUACAAAUAUGAUCUACAAACUAUUGUAUUGGUUCAAUUACAGUAUGCUUCCCAAGUAGAAUGCUUAAGUAGAGGAAAUAAUAUACGUAAUUAGCAGUACAUUCCUGCAGAUGACACAGUCGAUCAGAUAGAUUUGGUUCACCGCUCCGCUCAGCACUCUCAUCUUCGCCCUCUUCACUUCGUUUCUUUGGUUGUCUCUGCGGAUCAAAUAAUCUACGGAAUAUACCUAAUAAACAUUUAUUCUCAUUGUGCCGAUAAUUAUGUAUGAGGGUAGUUGGGAUGUAUAUUUCAAAAACCUCUCCGAUAAUAUCGAACGCAGGUCUAAAUAAUUUAUGUCUGACCCCUACACAAAUAUAUCUAUAUAUCUCAGUGG